AAAGUCUGCACCUGUAAUCCACUUCUUUGCUCUCUGAUUUUCUCCAUAAUCCCAAUCACCUAUACGCCUUAUUAUCAACUGCUCAACACUUAUCUGACGAGCCCUUCGAUCGCUAAUCGACCUGGAUACGCUGUAGCCGGGACACCAGAACAGUCGUUGCCAUGGCUGACUUGAUUUUUGGUGGCACAGAAGAGGAGAAUGCGGAAUUGAAGAAGCUGCAUGCGGAGGUGCUGGAAGAUUCUGAUAACUUCGAAAACUGGGAGAAAUUGAUUCGUGCGGCGGAGGGGCAGGAAGGGGGAAUCAAUCGCAAUUCUAACCCUCAAGCUAUUACAGCAACAAGAGGCGUAUACGACCGAUUCCUGGCCAAGUUUCCCUUGUUGUUCGGAUACUGGAAAAAAUAUGCGGAUUUGGAGUUUUCUAUUGCGGGGACUGAAGCUGCGGAAAUGGUUUAUGAACGGGGUGUUGCAAGCAUUAGCAAUUCCGUGGAUCUAUGGACCAAUUACUGCGCGUUCAAGGUCGAAACUUCCCACGAUGCAGACAUUAUUCGAGAACUUUUUGACAGGGGCGCAAGCUGUGUGGGGCUUGACUUCCUAGCACAUCCGUUCUGGGACAAGUACAUCGAGUUUGAAGAACGUCUUGAAGCUCAAGACAAGAUUUUUGCCAUAUUGGCAAAUGUUAUAGAAAUUCCUAUGCACCAGUACGCGAGGUACUUUGAGCGCUAUCGCCAGAUGGCUCAAACUCGCCCCGUCUCUGAAUUAGUUCCACCAGAACUGUUAAGCCAAUUUCGUGCAGAGGUGGACGGUGCAGCAGCUGGGAUUCCUCCAGGGUCUAAGAGUGAGGCAGAAAUUGAAAGAGACCUUCGCCUUCGGAUUGAUAGCUACCACCUGGAAAUAUUUUCGAGAACGCAGACGGAAACUACCAAGAGAUGGACAUAUGAAUCCGAAAUAAAGCGUCCCUAUUUCCAUGUGACGGAACUAGAUGAAAUGCAGCUGUCCAACUGGAGGAAGUAUCUUGACUUCGAAGAAGCUGACGGCUCUUUUUCGAGAAUUCAGUUCUUGUACGAGCGUUGUCUUGUUACAUGUGCUCAUUAUGAUGAAUUCUGGCUCAGAUACGCCAGGUGGAUGCUGGCCCAAGAAGGCAAGGAGGAAGAAGUUCGGAAUAUUUACCAGCGUGCCAGCACGUUAUAUGUUCCAAUUUCUCGGCCUGAAGUCAGACUUCAUUAUGCGUAUUUCGAAGAGUUAUCUGGACGGGUGGACGUUGCCAAAGAUAUCCAUUCCGCAAUCUUGAUAUCACUUCCAGGCCAUAUUGAAACUAUCGUGUCGCUUGCGAACCUAUCACGUCGCCAUGGAGGCCUGGAAGCUGCGAUAGAGAUUUACAAAUCCCAACUUGACACACCGCAAUGCGACAUCCAGGCUAAAGCUGCGUUCGUGGCAGAAUGGGCUAAACUGUUGUGGAAGAUUAAGGGUUCACCUGCUGAUGCCCGACAGGUAUUCCAGAAAAACCAACAGUGGUAUCCGGAUAGUCGUCCUUUCUGGACAAGCUAUCUGAUGUUCGAACUUGAACAACCUACCAGUGCAGAAACUGAGGACGUGCAAUAUCAACGCAUUAAGCAAGUGUUGAGCGAAAUUCGAUCUAAGAGCACCCUCCAGCCCGCGAUUGUAAAGGAGCUUGUCCAAAUUUAUAUGUUAUACUUGCUAGAACGUGGAUCGAAUGAAUCUGCGAAGGAGUAUAUGACUCUGGACCGCGAGAUAAAUGGACCCCAGUCCGUUCAAGCAUUGAUGAAACCAUUGGUUGACAAGGAUAUCCAAGUUAGUAAAGUUACUGUCAACCCGAAUGGACGUCAAGCCCCUCCAGCCACGGAACCCAUCACCCAGCAAGCUCAAGUCCCGUACGGCAAACAGUAUCAGCAACCGCCAGAGAGACCUAUUUCGUCUAAUGGGAGUGUAUAACAGCCUUUACUAGCCUCAAACAUGGUUUUUUUGUUGAUAGUUUCAACAGUUUCCAGCACCAGGCUGUGAUUUUCGCGUGUAAUUUCAUGAUUUCAUAUAUGGCUCCCGCUGGCACACAUCUCUUCCAGAUUCUCUAUCUCCUCGCAGAAUUGCGGAACAAUUCCUCUGUAUUUUCUUUUCUUUGUCUUUUUCUUUUUUAGACUCGGGGGCUCGGAGGCAAAAACUAUUGACAGCGAGUUUGCUAGGAAACGAUUAAUGGCUUAACUAACGUACCAGGUCGCAUCAAACUAUCAGUUUCGGGUACCUGCUGCAUUGCUACUAUGGGGGGAUGGUCUCCGAUUCAAUGAUUGGAUGGAGGCAGAUGUAUUUUAUUUAUAUUUUGAGUUUUUUAUGCUUCUUAUCUUGUUUUUCUCUUUUAUGUUUGGUGGAUUCCGGAACUUUGCGCGCCUCUGAACUAUUUGAAGGAGGAGUGAUUGUUCGUACGGUAGUUUGAUAUGUAGAACAUUUGAAUUUUUCCAAAGUUGAAAUUAGUUG